AUCUUUUUAAGAGUAAUAAGUUCCGAAAAGUGGGGGGACCAUUGCAUUUGAGGGUGAACUAUUAUGAGCUAAAAAUAUGACCUCUGGAAAAACACUACUUCUAUGGAGGAAUCAGAGGGACUUUACAUUGCGGCCCAAUUUGGGGCUGUGAUCGGCCUAGCUUGGUUCACCUAGACAGCCUACCCAUGUUCACAACAAAAAUCCGAUAGUCUCCUUUGUACCCAGAGUUCCAAUCAUGUUAUCAGCGAAUCAAUCACCACGACACAAAUGAUAUGUACCAAUAUCACCAACCACAAAUCAAUGGCACUAACAAUUAAUUUUCAAUAGUCAACCUACACGAGACUCAUAAAAUCAGUUCUACAAUCUUCAAGACUGACUAGCGGAGUAUAACUCCAGGAAUAUGUUCAAAACAUCAUAAUGAAAAGGUCUAACCAAACAAUAAAAAGAUACUGCCCAUGCGUAGCAAGUGCGGGGCUUACUCUGAUGAACUCUCUACUAGCGGUCACACGUUUGGGGUAGUAGCACCCAUGUCAGCUAGCGAAUCUGUAAAUAAUGAGAAGAGGUUAGUCACGCCGGCUGAUGAGUGGAUAACUCAACCAUAGCCGUUUUAUCAGGGACUAGUAUAUGCAUACACAUACAACAUGAAAUCAAAGUAACAUGGGUUAAAAAGUCAACAUUACAUAUUAAUUAACACAAGUAAUACUUGCUGUUUCAUUAAAAUAGUUUUACAUCUCAAGUUACAAGCCAAGACUAGAAUCGAUAUCAAACCGUCACUAUAGUCGUCAAUGUGGCUGUCUAGUUAAGUCUUAGGGCUCAUUUGGUACGAGGGAUAAGGAUAAAAAAAUCCCGGGAUUAUAAAAAAAUCGCGGUAUAACUAAUCCCGGGAUUGUAGUGUUAUUUUAUCCCUGUGGGGGAGUGGAAUAACUAAUCCCAGGAUAAGUUAUCCUGGGAUAACUUGUUUCCAACCAAACGACCCCUUAGUGACUUAUCCUGGGAUAACUUGUUUCCAACCAAACGACCCCUUAGUGUAUAUGACACUUGUUGGUACUUGCUAGUUCUUUUCCUCUUAAAGUUAAAACUGGACACACAACAUUGUAUCAUCACUAUCGAGGUGCACUAGGCCUAACAUUCCCUUUGUUACAUAAUGGUAUUUGGGUAAUGUUGCUACCAUUAUAUCUAUCUCAAUAUACGCACAUGAUACAAACACAUACAUCAAUCACUUGGUCAUAGCAUAAUAACGUCGAAUAACCAUAAAUCAUUUUCAUGUGAAUAUUCAACAGUUCUACAUUAUAACUGAACUCAUGUUAUUAUUAUUUUUUUUUGUUAAUUAACAUAUCAUUAGUAUUACUAGUUACAAUGCAAUAAUUGACUUUAAUGCAGGAAAACAAUCUCCAAAGCAUGUAAGUUUUCAAAAAAAGCAAGCUAAAGAAGAGCCACCUCUCACAUUACUAGCUUCCUUGCCCAUGGGCUAACCAUUUGCUUGUUCAACAAUUUUGAAUCAAUCAAUAUCAAUUUUAAGUGUUAUUUAUUUGAAAAUUAUCGGAACUAUCAGUUUCAAAAAGUAAAAUAAAAUAUCGUAACUAUUUUCUUGGGACAAGCUAUAGUCAAAUUCCCAAUUGUUUCACCUUAUAUUCAAUUAGGGCUAACUACCCAAGGUUAUUACAAUUGGCAUUAAUCCACCAAUUGCUAUUCACACAUCCUUACCUCCUUCAAGAAUUUCCAUGAAUUCUCCUAAUUUCAUCAACUCCAAUUGUCAAUGAUUCAAAUUCUAACUCAUUAUCAUUGACUCAAUCCAUAAUUUAGUUUACUCAUAUCAAUUGAAUAAUGAAACCACUAGUUUUGGAUUAGGAUUUACCUCUUUUUUUUUUUUUUUUUUUUUUUGAAGUUGGUAAUGACUUGUAUUCACAGUAAAAUUCAGCUCCAAUUGAAGCUGAAUUGAAAUCUUUACAGCAAAAGUAUAAGGAGCACCCAACAAAAACUUACACUUACACUUGUCCUAUUAAAUCUACUAGGUCUCCUAUCUCCCCCCACAAAUUUUGUUUACACCAAAAUAGAAGAGAUUUAGACAAUUCAUCCUAACUUUCUGGAUAGAGCUACUAGAGCCCUAAAAAAUUCUAGCUUUCCUUUCCUUACAUAUUGUCCACCAAACACAAGCUGGGAUGAUCUGCCUCCAGUCUUCUUCUCCACCUCUCUUCCCUACACUCUUCCAGCAUUUGAGAUGCUCCACAGUAGUAUUAGGCAUAGUCCAAUUGAUACCAAGGAUACAAAAGAACGUGUUCCACAGAUUUGUAGUUGUCUUGCAGUGUAAGAAAAGGUGUUUAUUGGUUUAACCAUCUUGACCGCAUAAGGAACAUCUUGAACAAAUCUGAAAAACUCUUCUUUGUAAUUUCUCCUUGCAACCAACCAAACAAAACAAGAGACCUUGAAAGGGAUUUUUACUUUCCAAAUGAGCUUCCACGGCCAAAUCUCCAUCAAGGUUGUUCUAUAGUUCAGGUUCCAGUAAACAGACUUAACAGAGAAAAGUCUUGCUAUUGAGCUUCUUCCCAAAGGUUGAAAUUUGAAGAAGAGAGAAUUUCCAAUGGUGGAAUCCCCUUUCCAAAUCCUAAAGGUUCCCAUUGUCGAUGUGAUGGUUCGGAUUAUAAAAGGCAUGCAUGGGGAUAACUCUUAGUUCUCUCUCUCUAUCUCUUUCUUUUGAUAACCGAGAAAUCACCGAGGGCCAGUGACGCAGGGUCCGAAACUCGGGGGAAAUUGGGCAUCUACCUGUAUCCACAUAAACACUAGGCUUUUGUUUGCGGUGAGAUGUGAGCCCUUGACUUGCGCCUAAUCUAUACAUCACGAGCUGUGCUCUUACCAAUAAACCAAAGGCUUGGGGGCUAGCGUUUUCUCUCUUAAAAGUAAGGCUGAAGAAUGAGAAGGUAAGAGUUCUGAAGAGUAGCUAGCGUUAUACGCCCUUCAAAAUUGGAAAAGAAAAAAGGUUGAAAGUUAACCUGAACUUUGUGUUACUCAUUUUAGUUUGUACAGAAAUGUACCUAAGUGGGUGUGCUAUCCUAAAUUGCAUUGUUGUGAUUACAUAUGACUACGGUACAAAAGAACUAUUGAGGUUCACUCGUUCACUCUGUACCUUAAGCCUUCUCCUUCAGGCAGUGAUAUUGAUGAAGGAGGAGAUACAGAAAGAAACAACAGAUGACAUCAAUGGUUCCUUGUCUCAAGAUGAUGAGGAUGCACCAAAAAGCAAUGAAGUCAAAUUGGUUAUCGAUGCCACUUCGAAAUGGCUACAUGAAAUUGAUGAUGAGGCCAAAGGGUUGAAACGUUUUCACAACUCUGAAGAAAUGGAGCCGCAGAGUAAAAAGUCUCGGAUCACUACACUAGAUAGUGAUGAGGAGGAUCAUCGGAUCACUACACUAGAUAGUGAUGAGGAGGAUCAUCCUGGGGAAAGGUUGUCUCCUGCAUGCAGUUUGAGUGAGACAGGAGAUCAGUCAAAUCCACAAAAGGAUGGAGAUAAUGUGCUUCCGGUUAGUUCCCUUCUUGUGUGCAAUGAGAAGCAAAAUUUUCGCUGCACUGCUUGUGAUAAAGUGGCAGUUGAAGUACGCGCACAUCCUCUUUUGAAAGUUAUAGUUUGCCUGGACUGCAAAACUUCAAUGAAAGCAAAGAUGCAGGAUGUUGAUUGCUCAGAAUGCUACUGCAGAUGGUGUGGGCGUUGCAGUGAUCUGUUAAGUUGUAAAUCAUGCAAAAGGUUAUUUUGUAGUGUGUGUAUAAGGAGGAACCUUGGUGAAGAAAUUUUGUUGGGAAUUAAAACAUCUGGUUGGCAAUGCUGCUGUUGCUCCCCAAGUAUCCUGCAUCCAUUGGUUUCAGUGUUGGAGAAGAUCAUGGAAUCUCAAGGUUUGGUAGAUUCUAGUACAGACACGGAUUCAGAUAACUCAGAUGCUUCAGAUGCUGAUGUCAAUGGGCAUAAAAGCAGCACCAAGAGAAGACGUAAAAAGAAAAUUAGAAGAAUCCUUGAUGAUACUGAGUUAGGGGAGGAGACAAAAAGGAAAAUUGCCAUUGAAAAGGAACGCCAAGAACGCCUCAAAUCUCUGGGGGCAAAAUUUUCGAGCAAGACUAUGUUCAUGGAUUCUGCGGAUUGUUGCAAAAGCUCGUAUGAAAGUGGUAGCCUAGAAAUGCUUGGUGAUGUUGAAACUGGUUACAUAGUUAAUGUGGUGAGGGAGGAGGGAGAAGAGGCUGUCAGGAUUCCGCCCAGCAUCUCAUCAAAACUGAAAUCUCACCAGGUUGCUGGGAUUCGAUUUAUGUGGGAAAAUAUUAUUCAAUCUAUCAGGAAAGUCAAGUCUGGGGAUAAAGGUCUUGGUUGCCUCCUAGCUCAUACUAUGGGUCUUGGUAAAACGUUUCAGGUGAUUUCUCUCUUGUAUGCUGCUAUGAGAAGUGUGGAUUUAGGAUUGAAAACUGCUCUCAUAGUCACACCUGUAAGUGUUCUGCAUAACUGGCGGCAGGAAUUUGUAAAAUGGAGACCAUCAGAAAUGAAGCCUCUUCGUGUCUUUAUGCUUGAAGAUGUUCCAAGGGAGAGAAGGGCCGAGUAUCUCCAAAAAUGGAGAUUAAAAGGUGGUAUUUUCUUAAUUGGCUAUACAGCUUUCAGAAAUUUGUCAUUUGGGAAGCAUAUAAAGGAUCGUCACGUGGCCAGAGAAAUUUGUCAGGUCCUUCAGGACGGGCCCGACAUACUUGUUUGCGAUGAGGCUCAUAUUAUCAAGAAUACCAGAGCUGAUGUAACUCAAGCCUUGAAACAAGUCAAGAGCCAGAGAAGGAUUGCAUUAACUGGAUCUCCUCUUCAAAACAAUUUGAUGGAGUACUAUUGUAUGGUUGAUUUUGUAAGAGAAGGAUUUCUUGGCAGCAGCCAUGAAUUUAGAAACCGCUUUCAGAAUCCGAUAGAAAAUGGUCAACACACCAAUUCUACAGCUGAUGAUGUUAAGAUUAUGAAUCAGCGAUCUCAUAUUCUCUAUGAACAAUUAAAAGGAUUUGUUCAAAGAAUGGACAUGAAUGUCGUAAAGAUGGAUUUGCCGCCAAAAACUGUCUAUGUGAUGUCUGUAAAACUCUCUCCUUUACAGAGAAAAUUGUAUAAAAGAUUUUUAGAUGUUCAUGGCUUCACGAAGGACAAGGUUUCUGGUGAAAAGAUAAUGAAGAGAUCCUUUUUUGCCGGGUACCAAGCCUUGGCUCAGAUAUGGAACCAUCCCGGGAUUUUGCAACUGAUUCGAGAAAACAGAGCCUGUAGUCGGCCUGAAGAUCCUGUUGAGAUCCUUCUUGCUGAUGAUUGCUCAAGUGAUGAGAACACAUAUUAUACUAUGGUUCCUGGAGAGAAGCCAAGUAGCAACAAUGAAGCUCUCAGAAAAAAUCAUAAUGGCUUCCUCCAUGGGGAUUGGUGGAAUGAUCUUCUAGAAAAAAAUUGCAAAGAAGUUGAUUACAGCGGCAAAAUGGUUCUGCUACUCGACAUCCUGACUAUGAGCUCUAAUGCUGGUGACAAAGCACUUGUGUUUAGUCAGAGCUUGUUUACCCUAGAUCUCAUUGAACUAUAUCUUUCAAAACUACUGCGCCCAGGGAAAAAGGGGAAGUAUUGGAAGCGGCGGAAAGACUGGUACAGGAUUGAUGGGAAAACAGAGUCAUCUGAAAGGCAGAGACUUGUUGACUGUUUUAACGACCCAUUGAAUAGAAGGGUUAAAUGCGUUUUGAUAUCUACUAGAGCUGGAUCUCUGGGUAUCAACCUUUAUGCUGCCAACCGUGUAAUUAUAGUUGAUGGCUCUUGGAAUCCAACUCAUGAUCUUCAAGCUAUAUAUCGAGCUUGGAGGUAUGGUCAAACAAAACCUGUUUUUGCUUACCGUUUACUGGCACAUGGAACGAUGGAGGAAAAGAUAUACAAGCGUCAGGUAACGAAGGAAGGCCUUGCGGCACGGGUGGUUGAUCGGCAACAAGUGCAUAGAACUAUAUCCAAAGAGGAAAUGUUGCAUCUUUUUGAAUUUGGAGAUGAUGAAGAUAUACCUCUGGAUUUGAAGCAAGUAAGAGAGCAUGCCGGUGAAGCAAACGCAACUGUAGACGUUGGAAGUGUUCCGAAACAAAAAUCAACUCUUCCAAAUGGAAGUUCUUCUGACAAGCUAAUGCAAAGUUUGAUUGACAGGCAUCAUCCGCGGUGGAUUGCGAAUUAUCAUGAACAUGAGAGUCUCUUGCAAGAGAACGAGGACGAAAAACUAUCAAAAGAAGAGCAGGAAAUGGCGUGGGAAGUGUACCGGAGAUCUAUUGAAUGGGAAGAGAGGCGAGUUUCGCCUAAUGAACCUGUAGUUGAGCGUCAGCAUGUCUCUAUCACUGAAUCGUUGCCAAAGCAAAAGCCAGUAGUUUCCAGUGCCACCAUUUGGCCGCCAGAGGACAGUAAUCUUGUGUUUUCAAUGGGUAGUUCAAGAUGCCGUUUUGUGCCAAGGAAGUGCACGAACCUAUCACAUUUGCUUACACUUAGAAGUCAAGGCACAAAAUGGGGUUGCAGCACUGUUUGUGGGGAGUGUGCUCAAGAGAUAAGUUGGGAGGGACUUAACAGCAAAUUAGCAAAGUGAUGCUGUCCUUGUAUUUAUAUCAGUUCAGUUCUUUUUUGGUUCUUACUCUUGUGGCGAUUCAAUAUACCGUGAGGGGCUUAGUAAACAUUCAGUUUUAGGUUUCAGCCAUGACUUGAGAAAAACAUAUUCUUUUUGGGGGUAGGGUAGAGAUGGGAAUUGCCUUUCUGAGACUUGGCUCUUUGUAAAGUGAAACUGUCGUCAUCAAUUGUAUUUUGAAUUACAGAGGAGAAAUGUCUCUUUUGUCUGAACUGCUAUAUAUAUAUAUAUAUAUAUAUAUACUGCUUAGAAGAAAGAAAAUCCCUCUUUUUCUGCUAGCACUUGUAGCCCUUCAGGAUGUGAUGCAUAUCACAUUUUGUCCAAGAUUACUAUUGUGUUAUUGUUGGCUUCUUUAUGUUCUCUUAAGUAUAUCCAGAACUGAUUAGUUGUGCA